AACUGCGAGAGAAGGACAUGACGUCACUGCGGCCUCUGCUUUGUUGCAAGAGGAACUGAUUAUUCCUGUGGUUUGAGUCGCACGUAUUAUUCGUGAACUAUCCAUUUGUUUUGUGUAAUAUGAUUAAUGAAUCCAACCAAAAUGGGAAGGGUCUAGAGCAGCAGUUUGCUGGUCUAGACUUGAACUCCGGUGCUCAAGGAAACAAGACCGGUCCGAGUCGCUACGUGCCCCCGCACCUGCGCAACAAUCGGUCUGUGUUGCCUGGACCUCCUCAGGGGAACGCCCAGGGUUACGCCCAGAAGUCUACCCUGAGCCGCAGGGAGGUGACGACUGGGGAGCAAGGGACGGCUUCAGGGGUGACCGUGGAGGUGGCCGUGCCGAUUUCUCAAAUUUGGAGGCCGCACAAGAGGAAUGAUGGCCCCGUGCGCAACAAUGCUUUCCCACCACGCCAUGAGUAUUCAAUCUCCAGUGCUGUCACCAAAGCA